UGAAAUUGCUGAAUUCCAUUUCAAAACAAGGCGGCCAUUUCAACUUGCGGAUAGUGUGCCUGUAAACACAUUUUCAACGAUGGAUGCCAAUAAAUUAGAGAAAAUGAAGUAUAAUGAACUUCAAAAAUUGGCUAAGGAAAAUGGAAUCAAAGCCAACAUGAAAUUAGAUAAAUUAAGGAAAGCUUUAUCAGAUCAUUUCAAGACAAAGACAGAGAAUGUGGAAAAGCCCCAGUUAGAAAAUACUGCCACACCAAAAUCUACAGUAGGGAAGACCCCAAAGACUCCAACCACAACCAAGACCCCUACCACAGCGAGGACCCCUAAUGUUGUGAAGACACCUAAUGUUGUGAAGACACCUAAUGCUGUGAAGGUUGUCCCUGCAGGUAGAAAACUGAAAGAUGUGAAGACUUCUACAACUAUGAGUUCACCAAAACCUGCUCCAAAAGCCUCUGAAGCCAAAAAAAUUCAGUCCAACACCACAUCCUCUAAGUCAGGGUUUCACCAGAAAAGAUCAAUACCAGAAGAGCCAACUCCAGAGCCACCAACAAAGAGGAGAAGGUCUACUUUUGAGAAAGUCCCCACUCCUGAGUUACACUCUGACAAGGCCCCCGAGGUAGAACACACCAGAAGGAGUACAUACAUUGUCAAGACACCGCGGUCAGAGAAAAAGACAGUCAAAGAAAUGAAGACACCAAAAGAGACUGAGACUAAAACCCAGAUUCCCAGAUUUGCAGCUUUUCUUGCCAAGAGGAAACAAGAAGCAGAAAAAGACUCCAAGCCAGUGACCCCAGGGAAAAAUAAAGACUGGAAGAAAAUUCAUGAAAGAAAUUUUGAGAAGAUGGAAUCCAUAGAUGACUACCUUGAAAAGAAAAGAAAAAGAAAUGAAAACUAUGCCGAUUCUGUGAAGAAGACUAAACAGAUCCUGAAUGACACAUUAGCUAUGGUGAAUAAACUGAAGAGCUACAAAACCCCAACAGCAACUGUGGAUGAAAAGAAAAAGAAAUUUAUCACCAAAACACCCAAUGCAGAACCCUUUAAGCCAAGUGUCCUUUCAACCAAGGAGAUGAACCUGAACUUCUCAGAAAGUAGGAAGUCACCCAGAACAAGUUCAGCUACCAAGUCGUUCAAACCCACAGUAUUCUCCACAAAGAACAUGAACCUGAACUUUUCAUCUCCCACUCCCUCCAGGAAGUCUGCUUCUUCAGCAUUUAACAAAUCAAAGACUACACCAUUCAAAUUCAAUGCCUCACUUAACAACACUUUAAAUGGUUCCAUGUCAGCCAAGAGACCGACCUUUGAUCUUCAGGCUAGUCUAGCACGUCCAAUGACCUGGAAGGCUCAUAAAGGGAAGCUGAAACCUUUCAACAGUCAGGCUGCAUUCAACAAAUCCAACACCAGCAGUGUCAAAACCCCUAACACACAAACACGGGAUGACAGAAGGAAAGAACAAACAGCCAAAAGAUCAAGUGCUAAAUUCCACACUGCCAUGGAAAGAAGAGGGAUCAAGUCAUAACUUUAUAAACAGGCGACAAAAUGUCCCCCUAGUCUCUGACAUUUUAUACAUCAAAUCAUCACUGAAUUCACCGGCAGGCUGUCUAAAAUUAAUUGUAUGUUAAACAUCAUCUGAAAAUUCAAAGCCUAUUAUUGGGAGAGGAAUUUCAAAGAAAUGAGUUUAUUCCCUUUGAAUAAAAAGCUAACAUACCGGUAUGCGAGUAUACCAUAUAAAAUUCUUAAAAGCCCCAAUGUGUCUUUUCCUAUGAAAUAUAUAUUAGUUGCUUAUAAAUCUAGCAAAGUAGAAUAUAUAUAUGUAUAUUUUUUAUAGAGAUAUGUUAAUUUUUUCUGU